AUGAUACGCAUUGCUCGCUACAAGCUGCCAUGGGUGCCUAAUUUUGUUUAUAAACAUCUUUUGGAGGUCAUGUUUGAUAACAGGAAAGAGAGAACUGAACUUUUGGAGGCAUUAAUCACAAGGGACAAGGACUUUAGCAUUCCUGAUUACUCACAGAACAUUCAUCUUUUGUGGGGAGAAAAUGACAUACUUUUCAGCCUGGAAGACGCUCAUAAUUUGAAAGGGCAACUAAAAGGCAAAGCAACAUUGCAUUGCAUAGAGAAGGCAGGCCACCUGGUUGCAAUAGAGCGACCAUUUGCCUACAAUACCCUCCUCAAGAAAAUUUUGGCCUCUUUCUAUGAAGAUGAAAAGCAGAAACUAUGAAGAAUUUAAAUGCACUUUCAAUAACAAUUAGCAUUUUAUUGUCACUGAGUUGUUUGCUUGCCUUCAAACACUGAUCUUAUUUUUUUUUUAGUUGGGAAAUAAAAUAAAGGAGACUUA